CUGACUAUGCGCCAUACACAACAACCGCAGAGCAGCAGUAUCGAACAACGUUCACAUUACAUUUAGACGUAAAAGUGUCAUUUCCCUUAUAUUUUAGUAACUAGACCAUUCAAAAUUUAAAUUUUCCUCGUUUUAGAUGUAUAAGUGUUAAGUGUAUUUGAUGAUAUAUUUAUAAUGUACAGUGCCGCAUCUUUAUACGCAUUCUGAAGUAAUUACGUAAUGGGAAUUAUGCUAGAGAAGUUUUUAGUAUUGCCCUGAAAUCCAAUAUGGCCGCUGACACGGGAAUGGAUACUUGCCCUAGUCCGGAAAUCACGGACUCUAGAAAACGACCCCUGGACGGCGAUUCGGAAAAUGGGGACGUCAAGAGGUCACACUUCAGCUCGGUUCAAGACUUGGUGACGGCCUUGCCACUGGCAAACGGUCACAGCAAUAUAACGUCUCAUUUCGCCGUGGAGCCGACGUACCACUUCAAGGUGCUGGUGCCGUCCAUGGUGGCCGGCGCCAUCAUCGGCAAGGGUGGCGAGACCAUAGCGCAGCUCCAGAAGGACACCGGCGCGAGGGUCAAGAUGUCCAAGUCGCACGACUUCUACCCGGGUACGACGGAGCGGGCGUGCCUCAUAACCGGCUCCGUGGAAGGCAUCAUGGUGGUGCUGGACUUCAUCAUGGAGAAGAUCAAGGAGAAGCCGGAGCUCGUCAAACCCUUCCCCGAGGGCGUGGACGCAAAGAUGCCGCAGGACAGGGAUAAGCAGGUCAAAAUUCUAGUGCCCAACUCGACGGCGGGCAUGAUCAUCGGCAAGGGCGGCAACUACAUCAAGCUGAUCAAGGAACAGAGCGGCAGCUACGUGCAAAUCUCGCAGAAGGCGAAAGAGCUCUCCUUGCAGGAGCGCUGCAUCACUGUAGUCGGUGAGAAAGAGAACAACAAGAAGGCGUGCGUCAUGAUUCUCCAGAAAGUCGUGGACGACCCGCAGUCGGGCUCGUGCCCCAACGUGUCGUACGCGGACGUGGCGGGCCCGGUCGCCAACUACAACCCCACGGGCUCGCCCUACGCCGUGCCCACCACUGAGGUGACCGAGAGCCACGCGCUGGUGGGCGGCGGCUCCGUGGGCGGCGUGGGCGGCGUGGGCGGUGUGGGUGGCGUGGGCGGCGUGGGCGGCAUGCUCAUGAACGGCUCGGGGCUGGGCGCGCUGUCUCUGUCGCUGUCACUUGCUCCUCCGGGCACGCCGCCGCCGUCGCCGCUCACGCAGCACACGCUUGACCACAUCAAGGCGGCGCUGCGGCAGGCGGGCUACUCGGAGGGCGGCAUCUCGGAGAUAGGCGCGGCGCUGUCGCUGCUGGUGAAGCACGGCGUGCUGGGGCUGGCGCUGCCGGCCGCGCUGCCCGCGCCGCUGUCGGCCGCCUACUUCCCUCUGGCGCAGGACUCGCCCUUCGGCCCGCUGGCGCAGGUGCAGCUGGGCGGCGCGCGCGGCGGGGCGUGCGGCUUAGAGCGUUUCGCGGAGGUUGCAUUCGAGGCGCUUCGCCCCCCAGCCGUGGCGCCCAUCUCGCUGCCCGGCGGCGCCGUGCCCGCCUUCCCGUCGGCGUCGCUGAUGCCGCUGUCCAAGAGCCCCACGCCGGCCGACGCGGGCGCCAAGGACUCCAAAAACGUGGAGAUCGCCGAGGUCAUCGUCGGGGCCAUUCUGGGCCCCGGCGGCCGCAGCCUGGUGGAGAUCCAGCAGAUGUCGGGCGCCAACAUCCAGAUCUCCAAGAAGGGCUCGUUCGCGCCGGGCACGCGCAACCGCAUCGUGACCAUCUCGGGCACGCAGACGGCCAUCGGCAACGCGCACUACCUCAUCGAGCAGAAGAUCCAGGAGGAGGAGCUGAAGCGCACGCGCCACAACGCCAUGUCGGGCCUCAUGCAGUAGCCCCCUAGUCAGCGCGCCGCGAGCCGCCGCACGCGAGUUACCUGAAGUAGUUAAGGUUCGGUCGCGCCAGCGACGCCUCCGUUUACAAGGUUAAUGAAGUACAUACAUUUAUGUAUCAUAAUUUUACGCAUGUACGCAUACUAGUGUUGAACGUUUUAUUGCUAUAGUUUAUGUUUUCGAUGACGGGCGUCGUACGCUCUGCCUGGCAGAGGUCAUCUUCGUUAGUGAGACGUAAUGGUUAAAUACGAUUGUGAUAACUCCUAUCACGGAUAUUCCUAUUCCAUGCACAUUAUUUUUUUAUAUCGUUCACCGAGUAAUUUUUAUUUACGAAGUUGAUUUCAUUGUAAAUGUUACCAUUGAUAAGUUAUUGUUUUGUUAGUGUAUUUGACUUAGAGUUAAAUUUGAAUUUAUAUUUGAAUAUUUAGAAUCGGCACUGUACUGUUGAACGGUGCGCGGGCGAGGGAGCCUAGUAAUAUGUUAACCAAAGUUGGUAUUUAAUUUUAUUUUAUUAUUUGACAUUGAAAUUUUGUGUAAAGUGCAAUGAAAUUUAAUAUUAUUUUGUUAUGUUUUAAACAUUGACAUUCGCGUCUUGAAUCUUCGCGGAGAAAUCGAUCAUUCCUGUUUUCUCGCAGUAAAGAUCUUUAUUUUUUAUACGUUUGUAAUAUUUUAUUGUACCACGUAGGAUCGUUUCGUAAUCGUUCAUUUUGUCGUCGGUCUAAAUUUUUGUCUUAAAAUGUAAGUACAAUUUUAAUAAUAAAAAAAUGCAUGUCCAUAAUAGUAGAGAGUUAUAUAUUUUAAACGUUUUAAAGCAGAUUUCUAUGUAUUAUUCGAGAUGACAAUAUUGAAUAUUCUUAUUUACAGUUACGAUCUAAUUAAAUCGAUAGUUUAUUUUUGAGCGCCAUGGUGUAGUCAGGACGUCAGUUCUUCAGUAGGGGGUAAUAGCCAAAGAUUUGAAUUGUAGAUAUGCCUCAACACCGGAAAACGACGUAACUGUUUUUAAGUUUAAUGCCAAUCUGUAUAAGAUCGCGAUGUUGAUACAGUCGCGUAUCUAAAUGCAUCAGUUUAAGUUGACAAAUGGGUGAGCUCACGCAUUUCGCGGUUCACACUUUUGGUCAACGUGGAGUGCGAGGGCGUGUCUAACGAUUUGAAUCUUUGUAGUAAACAUAAUAAUAAUAAGCUGUGAUUGUUUUGUUUGACUUUUUCAAGGUACUUGGGUCAGUUGCAGUAGUUUUAGUUGUUCGUUUACCUCAGAAGUGCCAUCUGUAGAUAGACAUAGAAUGGUGACUUUAAUCCCCCCAGUGGGAUAGACCGUAAGAAGGGUCCCGGAUUGGGCGCCAAUUAUUUUCAAGGUACUGCAAAUUACGUUGAACAUCCGGUUUUGUAAAGCUUUCUCGUAAUCUUAUUGUGAUCGUUGUUGUAGGGUUGCAGCACAGGAAUGGCCCCAAUAUGGGUGCCAACGCUAUUAAAGGUUACUUUGAAGCUCGGAUUGAAUAAGCCCGUACGAGUAGUCCCACAAUGGGCGCCAAACAUUUUUGAGGGUAGUUUGCAGCACCCGGUUGAGGAAAGCUUCGUCGAAAACUGAUCUUAUUAAGAUCGUUAUUUGACGUAGAAUGGUGACUUUUAAUUCCUUUGCCGACCAAAUGGUUGGACGCCAGACGCUUUUUAAAAUCACUGCAGCAUUCUGUUUAGAAAAGCUUCGUCGAGACGUGGUCAUAUUGUUUCAUUUAAAAUGACGACUUUAUUACCCCCAGUGGGGUAAACACGGGAAUGGCCCCAGAUUGAGCGCCAACGUCCUUCGAGGUUACUUUGCAGAUUAAUGUUGAGUUUCGUUGAUCUAUUUGUGUGUUUGCAUGUCUGCGGUUGAAUACGCUUUGGAUCAUCGUUUUUGACUUCGACUUCACUCUUUACCGCUCUUGCAGAGAAGAGAUACUUCGUCGAUGGCAGAGCUAACUGCAGUCGUCGACACGCCACCAUCGGCAAUGCAACUGGUCGACGACUACACUUGCCUCUGCCGUUGAUCUGUAAGAGCACAUGGGCAUAGUGCAAUAGAGGCAAAUAAAUAGAUUUCAAAAAAGUUCGAAUAGAGGUUUGUAGCGAUGGUCACAGACGGAAAGCUUUACAUCGAAUAUGGCGUGGUUUACUUAUUGAGAAAGAAGUACAAACGAAUAGUAACUUACAAAAUAUAUAUAUAUGAUGUGGAUCGGCUUAAAAACAAUUUGUAGUGUUAUAAGAUAAGGAAUUGAGAGUCGAUUUUCAGCUUACAUGUUGUAAGAAGACUUCAUCUGCACGAGCGAGUAAAACGGGUCGAUAUCGUCGGGUAAACGUGGGACAGACAAAUUCUACCAUCUACAUAGAAUUAAGAAGAUUGUGCGGACUCUACCGCCCGAUGUAUCCACUUCUAUCUUGCCUUCACUGUAUGAGCUCAAUAUACUAUACUUAAUAUAUUAUUCAAUACAGUUUGUUACGCUACUGUUGACUCGGGCAACACGUGGCGGGCUGACAGCGCAAUAAUGACGUUUUACUCGUCAAAGCCAUUCGAUUGACUGUUUGGGUACUAUUGAGUUCAGCGUCAACCCAAAGUACGCUCGCUCGUGAAGGUGACGCCUAAAGACACGUUCGUGACGCCAUGACCUCGUACUUUCGUGAAUACAGAAUAUAGAAAAAAAAAAAAUUAAAUAAUUAUUAUUAUUAUUACUAUUAUUAAAUAAAUAAAAUAUUGUUGUAAGUUUACCAACUGUCCAACGACAUCUCGAUAUAAUGUUGUGGUUGUUAUGGUGUAUUAUUAUACGUGUGUUAUGUAGGUAACAUUGCAUCGUAGGUUCAUUGGAGUAGCUAGUUGUAGUAUAUAUUCAAUCUUUCAAAUGUAUUAUUAGGUAACGCUGUUCGAACUCUCUGGUGUUUUUCGACUUUCUCAUCUUGUAUUGUAUAUUAAUAUUGGGGUUAGGUACAGAUAUCGUCUUGUGUCAAUUAAACAAAAAGUUACCAUGUUCGCGACUACGGUAGAGCAGCUAAAAUUCUAUUACCUUUAUCACGACGUAAACAGCUCGCAGACUUCGAUCGUUCUCGAGUAUCGAAACACUAUCGAUGUCGUAAAAUGAAACUAAAUACGCAUGUAUCUAAAUCCUUAGCGAAUUUGAAAACAGAACUUUUUAAACAAUCAUUUUUCAACUGUAUUUGUGACUUUACAAAUACAGUUAUAUUUCAUUUAACGCUUGGUCAAUUCAGAUCAACUUUUCCUCUGACCUUGUAAGGUUUCGAUGCUGGAAUAUUGAACCUUGCGAGCUGCUCUACCUCGUCCUAAAGUAUUUAGGAGUCAUUCCAUUUACGGAAUUAAAAGAUACAAUAGCGUAGCGAGGUUUUCCGUUGUGAGGCAGGCUCCGCGACGUAUUAUAAUAGUGACACACAAUCUAUCGUUUAUGAACAACAAUAUAAUCACAUCGAUUUAAUAGCACCCAUACAAUUCCGUAGAUUUUUUUAUUCAAACUAUUUCAAAUGUCAAUUAUAUACGGAACUCCCCUGGCUACGUUAGGAGUCGCGAGCGUGCAAGCUAGCGUAUGGCGUGAGGGUCACCGCAAACCUAAUACUUGCGAUGCCGAUAGUUUAUGUCAGAUGGGUAUGUGGCGCAGCCUGAAGGCUAAGGCUAAUAUAACCUUGGGAGUUAUCUGUCGUGGAGCACAAUCCAUGAAUGCACAAAUUUUUCAGUGCACUGUGUUUAGAUCUGUGCUAUUUUGUGCGUUUGCGGAAGGUAAGAUUGGCUUGUCUUGCAUGUACGGCGAAAUAGGGGGGAAGCGGUACAAAGAGCAUGCGUCGUGUCACACAGAUUUAUUUUGUAUUUGGGCGUUAUAGCUCCUGAAAAUAAUGCUUAAGAUUGCGUACAAGCACAGAUUACCUAGCGCUCCAUAGUCUGCAGACUUCUGUGAGCUUAUAAUCGUAGACAAUAUAGGAUACGCAAUAACGCUACAGAAUAUGCAAAAGGAAUUUAAAACCGUCCGUCAAUAUAAAAGUUUUAGGUUUUAAAAUAAAUUGUUAUAAAGAACCGUUCUCACGUGCGUGUUGCGACAGCACUUCUUGAGGUUGCGUAGAUAAUCUGUAUAUCUCCAUACCCUUAGAGAAACUGGCUGAACUAUCGGCAAUUGUUAAGUGUGUAGUUUGCACGGCCCGAAGCGCCCCGACGCAUAUUGCCUGUGAAGUCGAUUUUACAAGCUCAAUUUUAUUAAAAGAAGAUUAGUCACUACGUGUAAGACAAUACGUCAAUUAUUCGGAAACAAAAUGUGAAACAUAGACAUGUGGCUGCAUAUCGUUAUAGCUACGUAGAUAUUCGUAGGUAGGUAAAACUGAACAAAGUUCCUGGCAUAUUAGGCAUUUUGCAACGUUAUUUAAAACCUUAUAGCGUCUUACUGAUUUUGUUGAUUUGCUAUACUUGAGGUUUGACAGAUAACACUUGGUUUGACAGUGCGGUUAUAAACUGAUCACAGAUUUUCUAAUGAUAUGCGUAAUCAGUAAAGUUACAGCUCAAGGAUCGUUGCAAUCUUUUUUUUUAGAGAAGCGUUUUAGAAAGUUAGCAAACAUAACUUUAGAAUUGCUUUAAUCUGUCAAAAUGUGGUGUUUUCAAUUCGGCCGUCCGUACUAAUCUACAGAGUAACGCAGGUUUUAGUGUUUGUUAGUUUGAAUUCUUAAUUGAACAAACACAAUCAAAAUAGGUACCAUAAGAAAUAAGAAACAACAGAGAAACUUAAAACUACACUUAAUUGAGGAGCCUUAUGCGGUUAUCUUUAAAAGAUAAAUAGAUAAAAACCGCUAUGGUUAGUUCACCUCAUUUAAGGGAUUCUGAAGUAAGUUGGUCCAAGAAAUUCAUAAUGAGAUCAUCGUUUCGAACUCUGAGCACGUGAGAAAUAGUUUUUAACAAAUGUGACUCGUAAAUAUCUUGUAUAAGGACAAUGAGGUUUCAUUUAGUUUGACGUCUCGAUAUAUACUUUGACUUCCGGUUUUAUUUUACUAGUUAAUGCAAAGCCAUCAGUAAACUCUUACGUUCAGUGGAUACUUGAACUAAAUGGUAACGAUAUGCAGUCAGUGUCCGUCCGUCUUAACGGUCCGGAGUCGCAUCAGCGGGGUAGGUUGUGAGCACAUUCGUUACUGAUUAAUUAAUUAAUUAAUAAAUAAAUAGUUCGAAAAUUUUCACGUUACGUAGCUCUCUUCGAUAUUGCACUAGAGUUGUUGCGAAGUCGUGUCGGACAUUGCGACCGGUCGCAAUGGACAUAGUGAUCAGCCGUUAUGGGCAUUGCGACCGGUCGCAAUGAUUGCCGCGCUGAGCGACCCACCGGGCACCCGGGGUUCUCUUGGAAUACAACUAUCAACUAUUUAUUAUACUUACAUGUUUAUCCCUUUCUCAUCUUCCCUUCAUUGUUGUUUGAUUUGUUCUUUACAAUGUUUCAUCUGAACUUACUAACUGUGCGCGUCGAAACGUGAUGCCUAGGUUAGGUUAGCCGCAUGAAACUAAUUAGUUACGGAUUGUAAGAGAUUUCUAACGAGCAUGCCAUAAAACACACAUUCACUAAAUAAAUUUUCAUUGGUCUAUAGGAAACUCAUCUGGAGCGAGAGAUUUCCGAAAGCGUAUUAAACACGGUUUUCGGAAAUCUCCCGCAAUCCCGCCCGCAAUUUGAGCAUUAUAUUUGUUGGUUGUCAUGGCAUGCGUUUUAGAAAACGUUUUAAGAUUUUUCCAAAACGCAUGCCAGUGGUAUGAAAGAUCGACUGAUGAAUUUCAGUGUUCGUUAUUUAGCAUGCGAAUCGAGCAACUAAUUGCACUAGUCGUUAGCAUGUGUAUAAUUCCUUAUGAAUUAUAUAAAUGUGUUAUCGAUCAAUGUAAAUGUAAAAAGCGAUUCUCAGAGAGGUUCUGUUCCAUAACAUUGAUAACAAUGUUAUAUGAAACCUGUUGGUACCUACGCCAGUUCGGCGCGCACAGUAGGUAUGACCUAUUAAGACAUUCCAUCUCAACUUUCCCACAUACACUUCUUCCCAAAUCGUCUUGUAAAUUAUCAAAUGUUUUACACAAUUUUAAGAUUGUUGAAUUAUAAUAGAUCUCUAGUCGUGUUAUUGUAUUCUCUUUAAAGUACUAAACAAAUUAACGAAAUAACAAAAAAAUAAAUAAAGUUAAAAAUGUAUGCGAUUAUACAGCAAGGUCGAACGCGGACAAUGUAAAGAACAUUUCGAAAGGUUAAAAGUUAAUGAUUGAAAAUUAGUUAGUUAAAAGUUAAUUCAUAUUAAACGAUACAUCGGGGUAUGUAUAAUAAACUAGAUAAUUUUUAUUAAAAAUAACGGGAAAAAAAUGUUAUACUGAAUUAACGUUGUUAUACUGAAGUUGUUACAAUAUUUGAGAGUAUAUCGUCGUGAAUAACAAAAAAAAGGUUCUAGUGCGGUAACAUUAUCUGAAUUAAAAAAAUUAUCGCGUGGAGAGAUAAUAAAUAGCGAAUAGUAGUGAUGGAAUAAUGAUUAGGGUUCGCAUUAAUUCUUAGCUUGCGAAAUCUUAUUUGUGAAAUGUUAAAUGCGAUAAGAUAGCGCGUGUCGCGUCAUUUCUCAACGUGCGCUCAUCUUUACAGCAGCAUUGAUUAAUUUCUUUUCAAUUUCUAUUGUUACUAUUGUAUAUUAAUUUUUAUUGUUUUGCAUUACCAUGUUAAGAGAAUUCGCAGGCUAAUGAAGUAACGAGAAAUAGCAUUAAUUACCAUCACUAGAGAAAAGGCCCGACAUCCCGCGUGAGUCCGCAUAGCACCGAGGAAAAGGUUUUAGUGCGUUUCUGUGAGACUGACAACCGGCCGGCCCUGACUUUACUCGGCCGGCUCUCGGUACAGCGGGCUAUGUACGGGCGGACUGCGUUUUUUCCAUAAUCGUGACAACAGGACAAAUGUUUGCAGUGUGAUUUGUACAUCUUUAUACUCAGCGUCUUCCCGAAAUACGAUUUCUAUGCACUGUUGCUCUGAUAUCGGAGCAUCUUAGUUGUAGCUCUUCAUGGUAGAUCAAGCACGUCCGGGCCAUGCUUAUUUCCGCCGCCAAGUAGCAAUGCUGUGUUCCGGUCUGAAGGGCGUGGUUUCCGGUAUAAUUACAAGUACAUUAGGCAACACCUACGCCUCAGGACGUAGGGCCGCUCGUAGCAGGUCGUGUCCCUCACAUAACCUGUUUUCAGUUUACAUUUACCAUCAGUGGGACAAAAAAAUCCUCAGGAUAUGUUGACUACACAACGUUCUCCUGCAAAGUAUGUUUGCCUGUGUGCGAGGAUGCUCCGGUAUCUGUGAAGGAUCUGUGUCGUUGGGUAUGAAGCACACAGAAUUGCCUGUUUGUCGCGGAUUAUUGUGGCAAUUUCUGUUUAAUGUUUACAGACUUCUGCACAGUUCCGCAUACCAUGCAAUGCAAAUUAGACAGUAUUUUGCGUGCAGAUUGGAUCGCAGUGCCGUGUUAGGUUUCAAGUUGGCUACAUGACAGUGGGUUACGUAAAUCUGCUAAAUUUGUAUGUCGUUGUCCAAUCCGUGACGUUUGAUAGUCCGUGAAAAAUGACAGGUUAACUUUAACGCCGAUGUGAAGUUUGUUUACAUGAAAACAUACUCCCAGUGCACUGAGUUUAUGUUUCAUUUUUAACAAACUAGGCAUCCGAGUUAGGUCAAUUUGGUGCAUUUUCGAAGUUGUUACAUUAGUAUUAAAUGCUGUGCAAAAUGACAGAUUUACGCUAACUUAGUUUACCUGAGACCUUUCACUACAUCUUGUAUCUCUAUGGCAUUUAAAUUGUGUGACACAAACAAGUUGAUGUUGUGGGUAGUUAGUGAGCAUAUUGUAAGUCCCAGAAUAAAGAUCAAUCGGCAAUCGGCACAUUGAUUAUCUAUGACCUACUACUUCUGUAUAAAUCGCAUAUACGUGUUAAGUGUAUUUCAUAGGCCUAGGCUUGACAUCUCUUCUGUAUGAAGAACUGAAACGGUAAUGGCUCAGAUUGAAAUCCGCAAAGCUGUAAGUUCAAAUCCCAUCCGUUGGAAUAUUGUCCUACCCACCACUAACUUGUGUUUUACGCUUAGUCGGAGGGGAAAGGGAAAUAUUAGUCAUGUUUAAUUUAUGUCACAGAAUUUAUGCCUAUUGUUAUUUAUUACAGACAAUUGAUUGUAUUAAGAAGUUGAUAUUUCAGAUAUGGAUUUUAUUUUUAUUCUGAGUUGAUUUUUAGUACAUUGAUCAUUGUUCUGGGCUUUUCGUCGCCCUUGCGCGGCUGUUUGAAUGCCAUAGCGAAUCGGAUCGCAGAGCUGUGCAGUCGCCGCAGCCACGAGGGCCGCAGCCCGCCCGUGCGCAACGCGCGUGUCGGUCACCGUAAGUUAAGGUUCGAUGUCGUAGGCUGUAAGGUAGCUAGUGAUCAUUCUUCAUACGCGUACCGACCGGGGUGGUAGUGUCCGCGCGCGCCUCCCGUUAGUUUAAUAGCUAAAUGUUGUUGACUGUUGAGGUAGGUAGGCUGGGACGCGCCGCGGCAGCGGAACAUGGCUGUGCGUCAAGUCGACCCAACACGGCGCCGGGCCCCGCGCCGUAUCUGUAUAUACUUGCACGACAUUAGUUUCAUUUGUUCUCCUUGCUCAUUGUCAUCAAUUUAUUAAAGACUGAGGAAUCAACUCGCGCAUACCGACAUCACUCGAACACGGGAGUAUUCUGUAAGAUAUCGUUUUCGGUCAUCGCUGGCGGCGGGGUCGCGGGCGCCCUUUACACGUGUUGGGUGGAUUGUUAAACUAAUUGUAUUGAAUUGUACCUUGUUGCGUAUUAUAAGUACAUAUGUAUAGACAGGCCGACUCGUCGCGUCGUGUGUAUGAUACGUUGAUACAUUUGUUGCUAGGUUCAGUGAUGGAAUUAUAAUAUUUUAUUAUUAAUUAUUUUUUGUUAACUUGGUUUACUGUAAACGGGUCUGCAAGAGUUAUAUUAUGUGCGAGAGAUAUAAUUGUAUAAGUUAAAAUGCUAUGUUUUGAAUUUAAAGAUUCGCUAUAUUUUAGUCAAAGUUUAUUUGUUUAGUUGUAAGGUCAGACGGUUUUCUAGUUUACUGUUGUUUUGCAAUAUCGUAAUGAUAAGAGGCAAUAUGAAGGUUACAAUGUCUUAGUGUUUAAAGCUCGAAAACCAAUUAAAGGGUACCUUGAACAUUGUCUGUAAUAAUUAUAUUAACAUUAAAUAAAUGCAAAAUAAUUA